AACGCUCCCUCUCCCCUGCGCUCAGUAGUUCGACCCACCUCGGCCCGCCCUCCCUGGACCUGGGCGUCUGUGCGCAUGCGCGAGCUCCACCUGCGAGCGACUCGAGCCCCGGGACCCCGGGCGUGAGUGCUCGUGGCAUGCGGCGAAGCGCUGGCUGUUUCCAUGGCAGCAGAGGCCACGUGGUGAGGGGGCCGCCCACCCAGCUCCGGUCUCGGGUCGCUGCACCUCAGGCUUGUUGGCACCGCGAGAUACUGCCCCCGACAGGGCGCCCUCCGAGUGCUGGGCACCCGGCCAGCGCCUAGCCUUUCGGGCCUCUGCAGCCCGGCGAGGGCCCUGUAAGGACUACCAGGCGAUAAUGAAGGUUCUUUUACUGAAAGACGCUAAGGAGGACGACUGUGGCCAAGAUCCAUACAUCAGGGAAUUAGGAUUAUACGGAUUUGAAGCCACUCUGAUCCCUGUUUUAUCAUUUGAGUUUUUGUCUCUUCCCAGUUUUUCUGAGAAGCUGUCUCAUCCUGAAGGCUAUGGGGGACUCAUUUUUACCAGCCCCAGAGCAGUGGAAGCCGUGGAGCUGUGUUUGGAGAAAGACAGUAAAACGGAAGCCUGGAAACAUUCUCUGAGAGAAAAAUGGAAUGCCAAGUCAGUGUAUGUGGUCGGCAAUGCUACUGCUUCUCUAGUGAAUAAAAUUGGCCUGGAUACAGAAGGAGCGAACUGUGGAAAUGCAGAAAAGCUUGCAGAAUAUAUUUGUUCCCGACCUCUGCUCUAAUGGAAAAGAAAGCAGCAAAUAAAUGGUAAAAGGGGGCAUUACAUCAUUCUCCAAGAGAGGGGGUCCACCUGAGUCAGACAGAGGGGAGUGCAGUUAUUUGAAAUGUCCCCUGGACCAGGGGCUGUCGACGGCCACUCCUGCAGCCUCGCAGACUUGCUCGGCCCUUCCUUCCCUCGCCAUGAGCCCCAUUGUCUGGAUUCUCCACCGUGAGAAUCUCUGUCCUUAGGGCCACUUCUCCCAGCCCGCCUGGGAGGCCAAAAUCAGUGCAGAACCUGGCAGUUGUCGGAGCUUUCCAGCCACGCACUUGUCCUCCAGUGAAAUGACACUUUUUAAAAAAUCAGUCCUGUAGUCUUAAUUACUGCAGUGGGUACUUAAGGAGUCCCCAGCCCCUUGGCACAACCCUUCCCUGGGAUUUUCAGCACCCUUGCUGGCCUCAGCUCCCACAGCCCAGCAGGCCAGGCCUCCUUCCUGUUAAAGGUAUGGACAGUCUCUGAAGCCCCGUGAGUCCCCAUUCUGUGUCUUCUCUGUCGAGUGAGGCCCCCGCCAGGCCCCCAUCUCUCCCGCUUGUCCCGGGAAACCUCUCACACCUCUGCAGAAUCAGCCAGCUUUAGCACUGACCUAUUUAGUGUUGGCCUAUUUGGGUUAAAAAUCUGCAGGCAGUAAACUUAUCCCAAAAAAAGGAUGAGUUCUUUGCCUCUGACUUCUUAAAGGGGGUUAGGUCCCAGGAAGGGUAGCUAUGGUAGAUCUCCGCUCGGCAGAAGAGGAUUCUACUGGGACAUUUUCAGGUUUUCCUCCCUUUGCUGAGAGUGUCACGAGAUUCCAUGGAGUCGGCUGGGCUGAGUGGGCCUGCAUGCGUGACCUGGCUCUUCAGGCACUGGUGGUGCCGUGAGAAAAGACAGUCAUCUGUCCUGUACCAGGACACACAUACUAAGCUCCCAUCUCCGGAGUUAGCAGCCAGCAGUCUGAGAAUAAGCGUGAGCACUCGCUCAGUACUGGGCUAGACCUUCUGAAAAGAUGCUUUGAAGGGCAGAUUCUGGAAUCUUCCAAAGGCCCCGUGCACAUCUCUAGGGCUGGGCUUGCUGGAAAGGCUGGCCCUUGGUUUUCCUGCUGGAUUCUCCAAGCUGCCCCAGAGCAGGUGGCUGGGAGGGUCUGUGGGAGCAGCUUUGGUCUCCAGAAUCCUGCACACCCAGCACCUAACACACAGAUGGAGGGACACCUGGGCUCUGGGCAAGAAAAUUGCACCUGAACAUGGCUUUGAAAAUAUGUCUCCAAGGACGAAAUCUACUGCGCAUGAAACAUUUCCUCCCACUGGAAAAGAGAAAUCGGUGGGCAUCUAUUGUCUAUGUUUGAAUUUUUCCCGAUUCCUUGUGUUCUUUUAUGUCUGUGCUGAUAGUUACAGAGCAGCUUAAAUAAAGAACACCAGUAUGUAGUUCUUGAAUAAUGUGGAAAAAGGAAGUUAUUCCUGUGGUUGGGUUGGGCCUUUGGGGAGAUGGUGCUAGACGGGAAGAGCUUGCUUUGUUCCUUCCUCUGACUACAAUCCCCAGAGAGGUGUUCAGGGAGAUAUGACGGGUACAGAAAAAUGUGUUUGUGCAUAAGCAACAGCUGUUAAGACUUCUUCCAACCGAUGGAUGGAUGUCGGGGGGGGGGAUGGUUCGUUCUACCAAAUGUUCACAUUUGGGGAGGACUCGCCCAUCGAUGUUGCUGGAUGGUGGUGUCUCAGGUCCGUGUUCAGACUGCAUGCCAUCCUCAUUCUGCAGAGCUUGGAGCUGAACGCACCCUUGGGUCUUCCCAGAGUGGAGACGGGGAGUGGGGUGGGAGGCAGGGCCAUGAUCAUCAGCCCAGGCCCUAUGUGCCACCCAUCCGCCCUGUGGGCACUUGGCUGGGUGGCCACCGUCCUGAGGGGACCGUAGGCACGCAGCUGGUCUCUGUUGUGGCUGCCGUCUUCCUGCCACCUUGUGAGCGUGGGCCCUGGCUCCAGCCACAUCUCGUGGCCUCCAGGGCUCUUCCUAAGCGGAAAGUGGCUGCUGCAGUGCCUUCUGACUCCAGCCCAGCGCAGAGCUGCGUGCUAGCUCGUGCCUGCCGCCCAGGCGCUGCAUCAGGACCAGAAGGGCUGGAGGGCCCGGGGGACGGCGGCCCCAGCUUGUGGGGAUGCCUGUUUUCUGAGCGCUGUGGCCGAAUCCCCUGUGAUCUUCCUACAGCAAGGUCAGCUUCUUCCCUCCCACUCACAGCUGCUGGGUGGCCGGGAGCUGCUGCUCCCCGUGCCCGGGGCACAUGCACCCCCUUCUUGAACGCGUUGACAAAGUCUGAUUAUUUAU